AUGACUAAGCCAGCAACCACCGCCUCCACCAAAACCCGAGACACCCCCAACCCCCGGUAUCGCUCUCCAGCAGGAACAAGUGGCGGAGUCUCGUUGGCACGACUCGAGGCCACCCGGCCGCGCCCACUGCGAGGGGCUCCCGGAACCCCCAUCGGGACUCGAGUCGGCUCCAGAUCCGUCCCGGGUUUCCUCCGCGUCGCUGGGGGUCCCUGCCCCUCGGAGCCGCCGCGGGGGCUGCGCCGGAGCGACGCCGCUUCCACUCCGGGAAAGGGGAGGAGGGGAGAUCCUCACCCGGGAAGACCCUUCGCUGCCUUCUUUGUCUCCGCCUCUCCGCCUCUCCGUCUCUCUGCUCCCUUCCCUUUCUCCUCAUUUGGAGAAGCCUUUGGCCUCAAGAGCAUCAAGAUUUCAGUAAAUCUGCUCAUCUCUAGGACCUAUCAUCCCCAGAGCCUGGUGCAAGAAGUCAGGGGCUGGGGCUGGUCCCAGAGUAAUGAAGCUGGAACCUCAGAGGUCCCUAAGUCCGAAAAGGAGCCUGCUCCAGAUGCAGAGCUGAGCUCUGAGACCUGGCCACAGGAGGCGGGGGCCAAGCCCAGGUCUGGAUCAGGGCCUGAGGUGGAGCCGUUGGACUUCGUGGUAGCCACUGAACAGGAAUUUGAGGAGGUGCUGGCCAUCUCGGGGGGCAUCUACAGUGGCCUGGACUACCUUCCCAGCCGCUACCACAGCUGGCUCCGGGAUCCCGACUGCAUGGUGGUGCUGGCCAAGCGCAACGGAGGAGAGAUAGCGCUGGAGUCCAUGAAAGUGAUCGACGCGGAGGAGAUGGCGCUGCGGGAGGGGCUGCGCGUGGCGUCCUGGGAGCGUGGCAAGGGCAUGGCCGGGCUGCUGCAGCGCUUCUAUUCGCAGCUGGUCAAGCAACAGCACCCGGGGGUCAAGGUGGUACGGCUCACCCGGGACAAAUAGCUGGGCCCCCGGGAGCUGAAGAAAUACCGCCUAAUCACCACGCAGGGCAUCCUUUUGGUCCGAUUCAACGAGUCGGAGCUACUGGCGGGGCUGGGCCCGCGGCUGGCGGCGCUGCGAACCUCCGGUACCUUCUCGCCGCUGUCCACCGAGGCCGUGUACGAGGCAGGAGGCGACGUGGCACGCCUCCUGCUGUCGCCUUCCGUGCACGGCGACGUGCUUCCGGAAGAGACCAUCAUCCAGGACUGGCAGCACUACCGGCCGAGUGAGAGCAACCUGCGCCUGCUGGCGGCCAAUGACCUGGAGUGGCGCGUGGACAGCCGCGAGUGCCCGCGAGUGCUCACGCUGUGCACGCGCCCGUUCCCCGUCCCACAUGGCGGCGACGGCACUUGGUGCUGCCUCAACAUCGACGCAUUCGGCAGCGACGGCGUGCAGGUGAAGCAAGGCGUGCAGGUGCAGAGCCAGCUGCUGUGGCACCUGCAGCGCCAGGCCCCGCGUCGAAGUCUGAACGUCGUGUGCCAGCUCUUCCUGGCUCCCCAGCUGUGCUCGCAGCUGGCUAACUUCUGCUAGGCCGGCCUGGGGCUUGAGCUGGUCAAGGGUUAUACUGAGCAGUACCUGCUGGAGGCACACAUCUGAGGUCUCCUUGCAGAGGGGAGAGAAACAGCAUUUUAGAUCCGUCCCCUCCCGCAGAUCCCCAAACAGCCCCGCCCCUAUAAUUUCGAAGCUUCGCCUCCCUCAGGAGUCGGCUCUGACUCCUGCCUGUACCCAGUGCCGGUCCCCAGUCUUCGCUUUCCCCCUUACCUCUGCCAUUUUGCCUCUAGCGCCCCCAAACGCCGUUGCCCACUCCCUGACUUGAACGGCUGGAUUUGGGGAGGGCCCUUGCGCUGCUGUUAUCCACCGUCUCCCCUUCCAAAAAACUGGUCACUUCAGGCUUCAGAGCCCUUCCCUGUCCAUCGCCCUAGCCUGGGAGUGAACUUCGCCCUUCCUGGCUUCUUCCUUCUGCCCCCUCUUGGGUGGAAGCGGGGGCAGAAUGUGUGCAAUGCCACGUCCCCGGCCGGCAUCCCGGCCGCCCGAUCUUCGUUACUUCGUCCUGCCCUUUCUAAAACCCUCAGAGCUGGCCCAGCGCUCCCCUCCGCACGCACGGCCCCCUCAGCCUCCUGUGCCUCUAGAUCAGUGUCCUCCCCCCGCUUCUCUCUGUCCCCCCAUCCUCCUCCUCUCUGGACCUCCCCAACACUUAGCUCCUCAGUGCCUAUUUUCUUCUCCUUCGUUCCCCUUUCCUGUGACCUCCUCAUCUCCGGCUCAGUGCGCAAUACUAACAGAGACCCUGUAAAUGAAAUAUAAGUGUAAUAUCACCCAUUUGGCCCCUGUUUGCCUCUGGUGAUGCACUUUCCUGACCUUGCCCCUCUGACUGGGAUUUCCUCCAACUUUGUAGGAAGUAGCUAUUUCUCAAGGUCUCUCCCUCAUACUCUCAACUCACCAGGGGGUUCUGGCUGGAGAGUUUGGUGCAGUGGAGGGUAGAUCCCUCAGCCUGGCAUGGGGGCUGUGUCCUGGUUCCAACCAGGCUGCCUUCUAAUGCAACUGGAACCCUCAUCUCCCGGUGUUUCUGGACACUGUUUCCUUCCUCUGGAUCAUUUAUGCUUUCUAGACUUUGAGUCUUCUAUUUAAAUGCAAGUAGUAGCAGCUGCAUGUGAACAGCACUGUCUCCUAUACUGGACCCCUACAUCAAAGGCAGAGAGGGGAAACAGAGGCUCAGAAAGAACAAAGUGACUUCUUCUAAGUCACUUUCAGUAGCUGGGAGCCUGGCAGGGACUAGAACCCAAGUGUCCCGAGCCCGGAACAUGCCCCAGAACCUCACUCUGUGUGAUGGUGUUAGCUCAAACUUCUUGUUGGAUAAUGAACAGUUGCUAGGAAAAGGUUGACAGUGAGCACAGGGUUUGCUGGAGAUGGAAUCCAAAAUAUGGGCAGAUGAGAGUGCCAAGAGGUGGAAGAAGGUGAGCAAAGGGGACAGACACCUUUUCACCACUUUCCUCAGCUCUGGCUUUCCAGCUGUGCGGCUCUGCCUUGGCUGCCCCCUGCACCUGGCCAUGCUGCCACCCCCUUGUCAUUUCCACCAUGGCCGAAUGGCAAUAAAACAGACCUCUGGCCCA